CUUCUCCCUCAAUCUCUCUUGUGCACUGUGAUGGUUCGGCAAGGAGCUGUGGUUAGUUUUAGGUUUAGGAUUAUGGUGAUUAUCUCCUGAACAAGUGCAGUGUUGUCAUGUUGCUGGUACAUAACCGUGGUGAUGUUCUGAUUAGGUUCUAGCUGCUGGUAUUCUAGUGAAUGCAUAAUUGAUUGGUUAAUAGGGUCCUGGUUACUUCUAGUUGAUAUUGUGUAGUAGAUCAGAUGCUCUAAUUAUUUCUUGUACUGAUAUGCACUUCUCCUAGUAUGAAUCAUGAAAUAGAAUUUAGUUUGACAGGUUUGUACUUGCUAGUUCGCUUGUAUUAGCUAGAGAUGCCCUGGUUAGGCUCUAGCUGUUGUGGUAUGUAUGUAUAGAUGAUCUACUUAUUCAAUCUAGCUGUUGUGGUAUGUAUUUCAGUAUUUGUUGUUUAUCACAUUUUCAGUUGUUCUACACCACUCUCCCUUUGUUUUUUAUGCAUGUUUGAUAUCGAAAUCUAAUCGUGCAUGGAGCUCUUGGUGACUGGAAAUUGGUCUAUCUAGAAAGUAAUUGAUUUCUGGCAAUUGUUUCAGGCUCCUCGCUUCUUAAGUUUGUCCAUGAAUUUCAGCUAGGCCAUAAAGACAAAAGUUUGAGCAAUAAACGGGGUGUCUGUUCUGACUAAAAAAGAUGUGCGAUGGAAUCAUCUUCAGAUCUCAGUUUUCAGAUCCAUGGACCAGAUGCUUAUGCUCAAUGUGCAACUUGGCAGGGAGGACACAAUUAUUGUAUCUGGCUACACUAAAAUCCAUGGUUCAUGGACAACAUAUGGCGUGUCUGAUCUCAUCUCUGCAUAUGGACAAUAUCUUCAAGGCAAAGGUUUUGGAGGACCUUCAGGACAGCGGCAGCAGUACGACUGAACCAAAAGCUCAAGAAGCCUGGCAAAAAUUGCCAUAUGUACUGGAUGGCAAAAAUUGCUAUGCGCAAAAAUUCAAGAAGCCUGGCAAGAAUUACCAAUUGCAUUCUAUCCAGCACCUGCUGCUUAUUGGGGUUGCAUGGUUCCGCGAAACCAUCAGGAGCUACCCGUUUUUUAGGAUGUACCCUAGGAAAACAUCCGGAGUAAGUGAGUAUUACCGUCAUGCCAUUCUUCUCCAUGCUUAUUGACAGUACAUAGAGAAACCACUUGAAAGAACCUACCCUUUUUUGUUUGCCAAAUCAAGUGUGGUUAAG